UCUCAAAAGACAAGACUUGAGCCAGAAAGAGAGACAACCAUGGAGCCGGAGGGGACCACAGAGGGACAAGCUCCUAAUAUGGCACAAUCUGCCGCCUCAAAACUGUCCCAGAUGGGCGAAAGAACUAAACAACUGGGCAAUGUGAUGCAAGACCCAGAUCGACAGAAACGGGUUAUUCUUGUAAUAGUCUGUAUAGCACUUUUAUUAGACAACAUGCUUUACAUGGUAAUUGUGCCAAUUAUACCCGAUUACCUUGAAGGGCUACAGAAAGCAGCGGAUCAUGCCCAAGCCAUUUUACCGCACACCAACUCCUCUAACGGCACCUUCCAUAAGACACCCAAGGGGAACUUCGACCUACAGAUUGGGGUUCUCUUCGCCUCCAAGGCCAUCCUGCAGCUCCUGGUCAACCCGCUGAGUGGCACGUUUAUAGACAGAGUCGGGUAUGACAUUCCACUCUUCAUCGGUCUCAAUGUCAUGUUUCUGUCCACCCUCACCUUUGCCUUCGCUGAAAACUACGCGACCCUGUUCCUGGCGCGCAGCAUACAGGGCCUCGGCUCGGCUUUCGCGGAUACGGCGGGGAUCGCUCUGAUUGCGGACAGGUACACGGAGGAGAAAGCGAGGAGCAAAGCGCUGGGUAUUGCCUUGGCUUUCAUCUCUUUUGGAAGUCUUGUGGCGCCCCCCUUUGGAGGGGUGCUCUAUCAGUUCGCAGGGAAGCGGGUGCCCUUUCUGAUCCUGGCCUGCAUCUGCCUCGCUGAUGGUAUUUUGUGUCUGACUGUACUGAAACCCUUCUCUAACCGGGAGAGAGAAAACAUGCCAGUAGGCACCCCCAUAUAUAAACUGAUGAUUGAUCCUUAUAUAGCUGUAGUCGCUGGUGCUCUGACAAUUUGUAACAUCCCUCUAGCCUUCCUUGAGCCCACUAUCGCCAACUGGAUGGAGGAAAAUAUGCAUGCCAGCCAGUGGGAGAUCGGCAUGACAUGGUUCCCUGCCUUCUUUCCUCAUGUUCUAGGUGUUUAUCUCACUGUCAAAUUAGCAGCCAAGUAUCCCCAUCUCCAGUGGUUUUACGGGGCUAUAGGUAUGGUGUUUAUAGGGGCGAGCUCCUGCACAGUGCCAGCCUGUAAAAACUUUGGACAGCUCAUGAUCCCGCUGUGCGGAAUCUGUUUUGGCAUCGCCUUCGUGGACACGGCGCUCCUGCCAACACUGGGUUUCCUGGUGGAUGUGCGGCAUGUGUCAGUGUAUGGCAGCGUGUACGCCAUCGCAGACAUCUCCUACUGCGUGGCCUAUGCCCUGGGGCCCGUGGUGGCCGGACAGAUAGUGCACGACCUGGGCUUUGUUCAGCUCAACUUAGGCAUGGGCCUCGCUAAUGUACUUUACGCACCGGCGCUCCUUCUGCUGAAGAACGUGACAAAGAUGAAGCCUUCUUUCUCCGAGAGAAACAUGCUCCUGGAGGAUGGACCAACAGGACUAUAUGACACGAUUAAGAUGGAGCAGCGGGAGAAGAAGAAAAAGGGGCUGUGCACGACGAUCGACGAGAAUGGCAUUGAAACAUUUGCGCAACGAUCUUUUUCAGAGGAGGAAUCCUCAGGAGGAGAGUACGCGUAAAAGACCUUUAACUGAGUGUAAAACUAUCAAAGUGCCCAUGUAGAGUUUUGUGCAUCCUGUCCGAUCCAAUCAAUUGCAUAACACGAUUAGGAUUGUGUAACGACAUAAAUUAUUUACUGCUCCUGGUGACAAUUCCUCCGGGUAUUGUCAAAUAAAGUAGCUUCAAGCUUUUGCAGUAGAAAGGCGCUCGCUGGCGUUUGUUCAUCUUAAAGUGAGAGUAUUGUGAACGAUUUGUUGAGAUAAAAUAAAUGUCUAGUCAUUAACAGUAUUUAUCACUGUAUCAGAAACUGACUCAUAUUCAGGGAUUAUGUGUAAAUGUAUUUUAACAAAAGAACAGUUGUAAUGUAUGCGUCUUUCAGUGUAAUCUGUGUUCAUUUUGCCAGAGUUGUGCUGCUAAACUCAAUAUGCAAUACUGUGUGUCACAAGGCGCUUAGAAAGAUACAACAGAUGGAAGAAAACUGCGUCUUGUUGUCUGAUUAUUAUUAUUAUUAUGAUUUUGUUUAUUUAUUCACUUUUUUUGGAUGAUGUACUUCUGGAAUGCAUAGCCUUGUUGUGUGAUCUGCGAUUGUACAUACAUGUAUAUUCAUGUACAUAAUUAAAUCAAUAU